UGGGCGUCAAAAAUACGUUUUCUUACGUCUGUAUUUUAGAUAUGCUGAUUUAAAGAAGGAAAGUUGGAAUGUUGUUGGGAAUACUGUUUUUGGUGGCAACGGCUGUGGAUGUGGUUCAGGCGGUUAUACCUGGAAUAAGCGGGGACUCAUACUCUUGCUUCACGAACUUCCAGUCUGUCUCGACUGAGGGAUGUCUGACUAGAACCGAGGAGGAUGAUGGGACUAUUGUCCAGACUACCCUCCAGGAGGUCGAGAGUAUGGAUUUCUGUGUCUCUGGGCCUACAUAUGGCCAGACAAAACAAGGUAGUUUCGGUAAGGCAAAAAACUAUGCAGUAUCAGCUGACCUAAAAAUGACCGAUCUCGGAAAAUACUCGACCAGCUAUGGUUUCUUGGGUAUUGCGUUCAACAUGAUGGACUCCAAAAACUAUGACAUCGCUUAUGUCAGACCCCAUGCAAAGGACCACUGCUGGGAAUUGGGAUACGUCGAGAAUGGACUCCUGUUUGGAAGAGACUUUGGAUCAUGUACCAUGAAAGUUCUGAAAGAAUUCAAUCUGGCCGUGAAAAUCGAAAAUGGAGAAGGUGCGGUAUAUGUGAAUGGAGCAAAAGAGUCAGACUUUACUCCCUUCUUCCCUCCAUCAAACAAGGUCGCCACUGCAAUGAGGAACAACAUGAAAGCUAAAAUGGAGACCAAAAACCUUCAAGUCUGCCAAGAGAUAAAAUGUGUAUCGAGGUCGGAGUCAGGCAAGACUAUGAUCACCAAGCCUCUUGAAUCGUACAGAGACUUGGGAAUGAGUGCAUGUGAGGCUUGUACUUGUCAGCUUUUCGGUCAGAUAAGGUGUGGAUGUAGGUCUGCAGAUGAACAAGGUGUUUCUUGUUCGAAUGGCAUGAUCCCCGCUGUCGGACAUGACUGUUGUGCCAGAUGUGUUCCUCCGUCAGGAAAAUGCUACGGAGCCGGAGAUCCUCAUUACAGAUCAUGGGAUGGCAGAUCUUUUGAUUACCAGGGUAGAUGCACAUACACUAUGCUGAAGACGCUCGACUUCGAGGUCAGGCAAAAGAAUGUUGCAUACAGUUCAGUCGCCAUAACCGAAUACUGCAUCGUCGUGUUCGACGGUGAUCAGUUCGAGAUGAAAGGUGUAAUAAACUACACGCCAGCAGGCGGUGCCAAACAAAACGUCGCAACUCCUUUUAAGAAAUAUUACAAUUCUCAAGAUUACGUUGACUGCGUUCACGGCCAGGAGUGUUCUAUCUACAUUAAAAACCAGAAGAUGUUGACUGUUACAUGUAAACCUCGUAAUGCCAUCUAUCUAUGGAUCCACGGAACGUACUAUGAAAGAACUGAAGGCCUGUGCGGAAUCUGGGACGGAAACAUGUACAAUGACAACGGUAAUGGGAAUUUAUACAGAGUCGCCAACAACGAUGGUUGUCCAAACCCACCCGAACCAGUGGAUCCAUGUAAUCAGGUAUCACGAGCGGAGAGGAACUGGGCUGAACAGUAUUGUUCUAGAUACAAGCAGGAGCCUUUUAAGAGCUGUCCUGUGGACGUAACUCAGUCGUUUAAGAACUGUCUGUUUGAUGCCUGCAUAGACCCUUCCAAUGAUGAUAAUGUGUGUGCGAACGCUGCUGUUUAUGCUAAGAAAUGUUCUGAUUCGGGAAACCCUGUAGUAGGCUGGAGAUCGAGUAGUUUCUGUCCGCUAGAGUGCCCUGAUUCUAUGGUAUAUGAUAGUUGUGGUAAAGGAUGUUUCGCGACCUGUUCCGAUCCUUUCCCUGUUGAUUGCCAGGAUAGCUGCGUUGAGGGAUGUUAUUGUCCUCAAGGUACUGUGCUACAAGAUGGAAAAUGCAUAGAGGCAUCAGACUGCAAGUGCAUGCACGAAGGUAAGUUCAUCGAAAACGGAGCCUCGUGGAAUGACACAAACAAAUGUGAGACCUGCUUGUGCGGGGACGGUGGUAUUGUGGACUGUGACCCGGUGGCUUGUACGGCCUGUCCUACUGGCCAGGUGCCAGUCAGUAAGACUGGACAGUGUUGUCCGGUUUGUCUGGCUGAUUGGACUGAGGAGAACACAGAGAAGAUAGAGUUGAAGGAGAACGGAGGACCUGCCACUAUGCAGUGUGUGCUACAUGAAAGUGUACUUGUUUCGCCUGAUGAUAUCACAUGGAAGCUGAGUAACGGAGACGUACUGGACCCAGAGGGUCUACCUGACAACUUCAAACUCAGCGAAGAUAGACUUACCCUCACCAUUAACCCAGUGUACAAACACGACGAUAACGACUACAAAACAGAGAUAGUGUUUAACGGUGUGGUAGGAGAAUGUAAAUUCGACAUGGCGGUUAUUCCAAUACCUGCAGCAGACUACAUUGAUAUUGACGGAGAGUCUCCUAGGGUCGUUAUAAGGGGAGAAUGUCAGACUAUGUCGGUUAGAAUAGUGAGUGAUGAUGAGUUUGAAGCUGAAGACUUCAAGUGGUUUAUGGGACCUGUUGAUAAACCUGUAGACUUCGAGGGUGGAAAGUUUACACUACAAGAUGGUGGAAAAACUCUCAAGGUAUGUGAUGCAGAUGAUGAGGAAGAGGGAAAAUACAAAGCGUGUGUAACUAAAGAGGAGGUUACGGAUUGUGUUGAUAUAGAACUCAAGGUUAUCGCUAUCUGUCACACUGAUGAGGGCGAUUAUGAGGAGUUUGAGUCGUGGGAUGAAGGAGAGUUUGAAUUGUGCACGUGUAACGCGGAAGGACAGAUAGAGUGUGAGUGUAAGGAACAAGGAGUCACGUGUGAGGAGGGCGAGGAGAUGUACACUGAUGAGAACUGUCAGGAACUGUGCGCUAAAGAGUCAGCAACUUGUCUGGUAACGGGAGAUCCCCAUUACAAGAGUUUUGAUGGACACAGACACGACUUCCAGGGAGGAAACUGCAGAUUCACUGUCAUAAAAACCGAAGACUUUGAGGUCAUUGGAACAAAUAAACACAGGGGUGACAACAAGAAUGUAGCUUGGAAUGAUGCCGUGGAAAUUAUCAUCAAUAAGGUUAAAGUGUAUCUCGGACCGGAAGGAGAACUAAAAGUGAACGGCAUAAAGAAGACUCCUCCUUAUGCUAAAAUAUGGCCUGGCAGCGAUGAGGAAAUGACUAUCACAAAAGCCGGCGAAAGUAUUAUCCUAAAACUGAAACUCAACGACGGACUAGAAGCUCUAGAUCUGAUCUGGGACGGUAACAGCACAGUUUCCUCCACCAUCCACGGCAUGUACUACCAAGGUACUACCGGGCUAUGUGGAUCCUGGGACGAUAACGCUGAGAACGAUCAGAUUAGCAGUGCGGGAGAGGAAAAUGAUGUUAACGAGUUCGGCUGGUCUUGGAAGAUAGAUGGUGACGUUUGUGAGGAGGAACCCCAGCCACCGCACCCCUGUGACGAUACCUUCUUCCCUGCUGCCAAGCCUAUUGCUGACGAGGCCUGCGAUAUCCUCAUGGCGGCACCAUUCUCUGACUGCCACGAAGUAGUAGACGUGGAGACUGCUUUGUACAACUGUAAAUAUGACACAUGCUCUUGUUAUGACGCCUCGUGUGCGUGCCACGCGGUUAAGGAGUACGUCAAGGAGUGCCAGGAGAAGGGAGUUGCCACUCUUGGUGCUUGGAGAGACAAGGCUCCAUACUGUACUCUAACAUGUCCUGAAGGGUUCUCAUACGACUCAUGUGGUUCUUUCUGUCCCGCAACAUGCGGUGACAAAAACCCGGACUGCGGUAAACAAGAGGGACAGUGUAACGAGGGCUGCUUCUGUCCUAAGGGAAUGUUCCUGGUUGGAGAUGAGUGUGUGGAGGAGAGUGAGUGUCAGUGUGAACAUGACGGUGAAGUUAAGGAGAUUGGCUCAAACUGGGAAGAUGAAGACAUCUGCAAAGAUUGCGUCUGUAGGGAUGGUGGAGUUGUUGCUUGCGAGAAAAUGAAAUGUAAAGCAUGUCCCGCUGAGGAACUGCCAGUAUAUGAGGAUGGUGAAUGUUGUCCAAAAUGUGUGGAAGACUGGUUGUCAACUGAACAGGAAUCUUAUGAGGACAUCGAGAAACUGUCAAACCUCACUAUAUCUUGUACUGCUGCAGUACAGAAGGCUAAGGUCCAGUGGUUCUUUAGCAACGAUGAUGGGGAAAACUGGGAGAAAAUCAAGGGAGCCAAUGAAUUCCAGUACACUAUUAAUAAAAUAACAGAGGGAAAUGAUGGUCAAUACAAAUGCACAGCUAGAGCCAGCUUCAAAUCACGAGAGGAGAUCAUCAGUGUUAAAACGGUCGAGGCUGGUCCUGAAAAGGUCUCCUUUGGAGAAUACGAAGUUACACCCAAAAGGAAAAAGGCGAACCUAGUAUGUAAAAUAAAGGAUCCUGCUUUUGAUGCGAAUGCUGAUGUGAAGUUUUAUUGGACAAAGAAUGGAAAGCAAGGGGAUCUUAUCAGCGAUAAACCUAAGUUUGCCAGCAGCAACGAAGAGGCAACCUAUUCUCUAGACAAAGUCAGCACAAAGAGGAAACCAACAGUGAUCGCUUGCAUUGGAGUGAGCGCUGAUGGAAAGAAAUUGGCCGAAGGUAAAAUAUCUCUGGUUAAGAAGAAGAAGAAGGUUAAACCCGCAAAAGUAAAGAAACCAAAAAAGAACAAGGAUUAAAGUUUGGAGAUAAAAGGACUGAGAGAAAAAAAUGUAGACUAUAAAGAGAAAACAUUUAAAAGUAAACAAACUUAUUAUAAUUAUCAUCUAAAUAUAGACUUAUUAAUAUUAUAACAUAUUGUUAUUGUUAAUGUUAGAUGUUGAUCACAUUUAAUUUAAUUUCAAAAUAUUUAGAUAUUUUUGCAUUUUU